AUGAAAUAAAAAAUCACCAACAAAUUAAAAUAUGAAUUGGCCACUAAAGUAGGUAGUUAUUUUGGGCUUGAUCAAGUCUUCAUAUACAUUGUUUAAUCCCCAAAUCAUUUAUAAACCUAAACAAUUUCCAUUAAACCAUGAAUUACAUAAUCAAACCAUGAAUCAUCAAGCACGAAAAUCCCCAAAAUCUCCGGCAAUUCGCCCGGGGACUCAACAAGUGUGGAAUCAGAGCUCAAGUUCCGAUUCGAAUUCAAAGUCCGGUUCUGUUCAUGGAUUGCAAAGGAAUCGACAACACAAUUCGAAGAAAAACAGCUCAAUUUUUGGUUACGUUGCUAGGGUUUUGACCUGUAGGAGCAAUAUAGCUGAUGAUGAUGUUGAUCAUGCUCCACCUGCUACGGUUCAAUAUUUAACACACAACAGUUUAAGAAACAACAAAAACCUCAACCACUCUAAGGCCUCUAACGGACAACAGGGUGUAGAUGAAUUAUCAUUUCAAGAUAUUUGUAAGGCAACCGGAAAUUGGUCUGCUUCAAAUAUAAUCGGGGAAGGAGGAUUUGGUACCGUUUACAAGGGAACAUUGAAAAAUGGAUCCACCAUAGCCAUAAAGCGUGCGAAAAAGGAAAACUAUGACAAAGGGACACCAGUGGAAUUCAAAAAUGAAAUACUAACCUUAUCAAAAAUUGAGCAUCUAAAUCUGGUUAGAUUCUACGGAUUUAUAGAGCAUGGAGACGAGCGUAUUAUCGUGCUCGAAUAUGUUCCCUACGGAACCCUUCGUGAACAUUUAGAUGGUAAACGUGGAAGCGGACUAGAAAUUGGAGAACGUCUAGAUAUUAUGAUUGAUAUAGCUCAUGCAGUUACAUAUUUGCAUACAUAUACAGAUCAACCCAUAAUACACAGAGAUAUAAAAUCAUCUAAUAUACUGCUUAAUGAUAAAUUGCGUGCAAAAGUGACUGAUUUUGGAUUCGCGCGUAUAAAGGUUGAAGAUCCUGAAGCUACUCAUAUUUCUACUCAAGUCAAAGGAACUGCAGGCUACUUAGAUCCCGAAUACCUCGGUACGUACCAACUUACCGACAGGAGUGACGUUUAUUCAUUUGGAGUUUUGCUAGUCGAGCUGGUGACGGGAAGACUACCGAUUGAUUUAACCAAAGCUUCGAAUGAGAAAUUUACUACAAGAUGGGCAAUGCAAAGACUAAAACGAGGGGAGGUGGUGCUGGCAAUGGAUCCAAAGCUAAUGAGGAACCCGGCUUCGUUGAUGGUGGUCGAAAAGGUGCUAAGACUGGCACGACAAUGUGUGGCCCCCACUAGACAAUCUAGACCGUCGAUGAUGCAAUGUGCAGAGAUCUUGUGGAGAAUCAGAAAAGAUUACCAUGAACAAAAUGAUGCUAUGGAAGCUGCAAACCAUUCUGUUCAGGUUCCUGAAAUUGAUGCUAGAAAGAACCGUCGCCAGUUUUUUGGUAUUGAAGAUAGCAGCAAACAGAGGUUUCAAUCUGCGUAGAAAUUGUAUAAAGUAAAGAGGUUUUGUAAUUAGAGUAUUUGUUCAACUGUUGGCUUGUAUUUUAAAUUAAAAAUGUUUUCUUUAAUCACACAUAUAUAUGUAUAGAUAUAGAUAGAUGUAUUUUGGUUGAUUAUUAAAAAUGUACACAUAUAACCUUUUGUAUUUUAAUUGAUUGUAACUUUAUUUAUAAUU